CUUCGAGCAACCAAAGACCCACACUCUCCACUGCCCCGCUUUCCAUUUAUCUCUCACAUUCUUCUCCUUCGCGCCCUUCCGGAUCUAUGGCGGAUACUCCCGACCCGAAUCCGAAGCGUUCAUGUUGCAUCUCCACGGAUCCAUCUAAGCAUCCUUUCAAUCAUAUGCUUCAUCUAGAUCAGGCCGAUUCGCUUCUGAAGUCGUUCCUUGGCCUCUCCAACACAGCUCUUGACCGUUCCUUCAAUCGCCUCCUCGAUUCCUGCCCUGGCCCUACCGAUCAGGGGGACACCAUCGAAUGUGCGCUCCGAUUGGGCUCCGCUCUUCUUGUGGCUGGCAAACGAGCUUCCAGAGGUCUCGCCUCUGACCACAACGCUGCCAUUUGGGCGCUUUCUUCUGACCUCACCAUCAAAGUCUUCUCGCUGCUUGAUACACAGAGUGUAUGCUAUGCAGCAGCUACUUGCUCUUUCUUUCAUAAGUGUGCGGCCGACCCUGCUUGCUAUGCUAAUAUCGACUUGGUUACUAUGGUUCCCAAGGUCAAUAACCUUAUUUUGGCAACCAUGAUUCAGCGUGCUGGAAAAGCAUUCAGGUCUCUUAAACUUGGAGUUGCACCCACUCCUCUAACUGCUGCAUCGGGAUCAUCCCAACCACUAGUGUGUUCAAUAAGAAACUCAGUGGAUUCUGCUGGGUUUUCAUGGAUUGACAAGAAGUCUAGACAGGGAAAAGAGUCAUUUUUUCUUACAAGAUCCUGCUUGGCCCCCUUGAGUUCCAAUGGCGGCACCACAGGGUCCUAUAUGAAAAGGUUGCAUCUUUACAACAUUGAAAGACUGGAUGAUGCAGCACUUUACGUGGCUUUAUCAGUUUGUUCAUCUUUGUGUGAUGUUGAAUUAGUUGGGCUUAAUGUUGAUUUAAGCCUGACAAUUGGAUCAAUAAGCACAUCAUGUCCUCUUAUUGAGCGACUAUUCUUGGAGUCGUCAAAAGCAGGUAGAGAUUGCAGUUUGAAACUUCAACUUUGCUGUGAUCUAUCAAGUAAUUGUCCGAAUCUAUCUUCACUGACACUUAGAGGAUUUAAGUUGCAUGACUCCAGAGUCCGUGUACUUGUUAAGGGGCUUCGUAAGCUUAAGCACAUUGACUUUUCAACAUCUUAUUCAGUCACUGGCACUUUUCUUAAGAACCUUGGUGGCAAUGCAGGCGGGAAUUUACUUGAGGCAUUGAUUUUGAAGGAUUGUGUGCAUUUGAAAGAAGUGGAAGUAGCGAGGUUCUUUUCGGCAGUUCUUGCAGGGAAUUUCAGCCAUCUGAAACAUCUUGACAUAUCCAACAGGGAAGGUCUGGCGUCUGAAGUUGAUUGGUACCGCAGAUGUUGCAGCAAAAGUUUUAUUCCUUUUAAGCAAUUGCUGGAAGCAAGGCCUGGCUUGUGCGUAUUAUCCGAGUUUCCUCAAGAACCAUGUUGCGGCGAGCUUGUUAGCAGUAGUGAAAGCAGUGAUCUUAAUUCAACUUCUUCAUUGUUAAGCAUUUAUGCAAGUGAUGAAUCGGCAUUCAUGAGUUCACCUGAGAUGAUUUAUCAUAUUAGUGACCCUGGUGGUAGUAGUGGCAAUGACAACAGUCAGGAGACUGCCUUUGCUAUGGGUGAAGAAAGUUGGGAUGAGGUGGACUUCACCCCAGACACUCACUUUUAAGAAGCACACUUACAGGACCACUCUGAGUACACUAUAUAUUUAUUUGUAUAUAUUAUGCAUUUGUGCACUUUACAAACUCACUCACAUGAGCUUCCCUUCAGCCAGCGCUAUUACACCGUCAAAAUCAUCUGUUCUUUGCUUGUUUAGAGGAAAGUUGUGCCAGAAUAAAUGGCAACAGGACUGUUUUAAUACUGAGUAUUAUUUAUAUUAUUAUUAUAUAUACAAGUAAUAAUAUUCAUGUACGCCGACUUCAUCCAUACUAACCGUGAUUUGUAUAUUUUUUGUGUUUGAAGGUUGAACUCUGGAAGUGUUGUGAAUGUCGAUGUAUAUUUUGUACCAGAGGGUGUUGUAGUAUUGUUUUUAACUGGAUAGCUAAUAAAUUUGUAGAAAGUUGAGUUCUCUUGUUUGAAUAAAUCUUGACUUUAGAGUUUUGUAUAAUACUACGUAUAAUUUUUUGUAUUUCGAGCAACAACCCUUUUUGAAAGGAAAAUGCUUAUAUUAGAAUCAAA